AUGCUGAAGAGCGGCGUGGCCCGCGCUGCCGGCGUGUUGAGCCAAUCUGCUCGACCUUCCUUUGCCCGAACUGCUUUCCGCAAACAGGCUGCACCAGCUUUCGCACAGACUUUCGCGCGGAGAUGGGCCUCGACUGAGACAGCCAAGGAUGGCAAGAUCCAUCAGGUCAUCGGUGCCGUCGUUGACGUGAAAUUCGAUGGCGAUGUCCUUCCUCCCAUUCUCAACGCCCUCGAGACCGACAACAAUGGCCAGCGUCUGGUUCUGGAAGUUGCACAACAUUUGGGCGAAAACGUCGUCAGAUGUAUUGCCAUGGACGGUACCGAAGGUCUCACCCGUGGUCACAAGGCCAAGGAUACUGGUGCUCCCAUCUCGAUUCCUGUCGGUCCCGGCACACUCGGUCGCAUCAUGAAUGUCACUGGCGAGCCCAUCGAUGAGCGAGGUCCCAUCAAAGCCACCAAGCUUGCUCCCAUCCACGCUGCCGCUCCCGAAUUCGUCGAACAGUCCACCUCUGCUGAAAUCUUGGUCACGGGUAUCAAGGUCGUCGAUCUACUGGCUCCUUAUGCUCGUGGUGGAAAGAUUGGUCUCUUUGGCGGUGCUGGUGUCGGAAAGACUGUGUUCAUUCAGGAGCUCAUUAACAACAUCGCAAAGGCUCACGGUGGUUACUCCGUCUUCACCGGUGUCGGUGAGCGCACGCGCGAGGGCAAUGACUUGUAUCACGAAAUGCAGGAGACUUCCGUCAUUCAGCUUGAUGGCGAGUCAAAGGUCGCCCUGGUCUUCGGUCAGAUGAACGAGCCUCCUGGGGCUCGUGCACGUGUGGCCCUCACGGGAUUGACCGUUGCUGAGUUCACUCAAGCCGGUUCUGAGGUGUCUGCUCUGCUUGGUCGUAUCCCAUCUGCCGUCGGGUACCAGCCUACUCUCGCCGUCGACAUGGGUCUCAUGCAGGAACGCUCCAUCACCUCCGUCCAGGCCGUCUACGUCCCUGCUGACGAUUUGACUGAUCCCGCCCCAGCAACAACCUUCGCCCAUCUGGACGCCACCACUGUGUUGUCUCGCGGUAUUUCCGAACUUGGUAUUUACCCUGCUGUCGACCCUUUGGACUCCAAGUCUCGUCUCCUUGACCCCCGUGUCAUCGGACAGGACCACUACGAUGUCGCAUCCCGAGUCCAGCAGAUGCUCCAGGAGUACAAGUCGCUUCAAGAUAUCAUUGCCAUUCUUGGUAUGGAUGAAUUGUCAGAAGCCGACAAGCUGACCGUCGAGCGCGCUCGCAAGCUGCAACGUUUCCUCUCACAACCUUUCACCGUCGCUCAGGUCUUCACUGGUAUCGAGGGCAAGCUGGUCGACCUCAAGGACACAAUCGCCUCGUUCAAGAAGAUCAUUGGUGGUGAGGGUGAUGAUCUGCCAGAAGGUGCUUUCUACAUGGUUGGCGACUUCGACUCGGCACGUGCGAAGGGUGAGAAGAUUCUGGCUGAGCUUGAGGGCUCCUCAUAG